UGUAUGCAAAUGCACAGUAUUUAGGUUUACUGAUUAAUCUCUAGAUUUUAUAGACCAAACAGUGUAAUACAAACUUGUUAACGUAUAAAGCUUCAAUAAUAAAAUUUGGAAGAUUUUUUAUUAAAGUUUUGGUAGAUUUCAGCGAUAAAUUAGAAAUUAAAGAAAACAAAAGACAUGUGAACUCCGCCUUUCCCAGUAGUUUACAGAUUACAGUCAAGUGAAAAAACAUUUUGGUUAAACAUGUUUUCGCCCCCAAAAUCCGCACCCUUGCCCCGCAAGCAGUAUAAUAAACAUGAAAGCCUGCAAGAGGAACUGUAUAGAAGUAUUAAAGGCAUAUCAACUAUAAAAAGAACAAAAUCUACAGUGAGAAGUGUUAAAAAUGGAUCCAAGUAUCCGUUUGUAAAGAAGAAACCUUUAUACACUGAGGUUUCGCCUAGCGGAAGUGAGUUCAAUGGCGGGUUCGAGUCCUACGUUCCUCGGCCGAUACCGGCAAACAAACCGGUUCUAACAGAAACCAGAUUGGACAGUUCUGGGGAACAUAGUGAGAGUUUGAGCAGUCCAACCGAUAGCAUGGAUUCUAAGAAAACACGCAGAAAAUCCUCCAGUAGUCCGGCGGCGGUAAAAUCGCCGGCACUGGCGAUUAAACGCAGCGAUAGCGCGCCGGUGACCCUACAAGGCUGGUUGUAUAAGCAGGGAAGUGAUGGGCUACAGCUCUGGAAAAAACGUUGGUUUGUUCUCUCAGAGUUCUGCCUGUUUUACUAUAAAGGUCCUCAUAUUGAAAAGCAGUUGGGAUCAAUCCUUCUUCCAUCUUAUUCUAUUUCCCCCUUGUCAAAAGAUGACGGAGUCUAUAGGAAAUAUGCCUUCAAAGCAGAACAUGCAAAUAUGCGAACCUAUUACUUCGGCGCUGAAACUAAGGAUUCUAUGAUUCAGUGGAUGAAUAGUCUCAGUCUGGCCUCUAUCCUUCAAAAUGAAAACAAUCUUCGUCCUGAGAUCCUUGCCCGACAACUAGCUAAACAAGGAAACUACCCUCCUCAGAUGCGUCACUUUCCUCCACCCCAUAGGAUGAUAUCUCCACCUCAUGGGAUGCAACAACAUUAUACCCAGCAGAUGCAGCAGUACCAAGCCGGAAGUCAGAUCAAUCAGCAACAGCAAUAUCUUCAGCAACAACAGUUUGCUCUUCAACAUCAACAACAGCAGCAGCAACAAAAGAUGCUUCAACAGCAGAGAGGGGAUAUGCCUCAAGGCCGAACAGAGGGACGCCAACCCCUUUAUGCCAAUGCUCCUCCAAAGCCUAAGCGUCUAAACACAAGCCGAGACUACUCUCCCUCUCCAGACAACUCUCCUGAGAGAUCCCAGAACAAUGGAGUGGCAUACAACGAUCGAGAAUCUAGAUCGGAUGAUCCAUCUUUCUUAAGACACAGAUUACCACAAGAAAGAAGAACUCCAGAGGCAUAUGGUAGAUCAAAUCCUAGACUCUCAUCUGAUCAAGAUUCUCUAACCCCAAAAGAGUAUGAGGAAGUGUAUAACAAUGCGUAUAAUGAUAGAAAUGAAGAAAUUGUUAGGUACUCAAGAGAUCCUUUUCUAACUCAUAAAGAUCGGCGCAUGUCAACAGGGAGCAAUCCUAGGAAACAGGCAAACAUUCCUCAGCAGCAGUCUCGUGAUUCAAUGUUCGUCCAACCACGAAGUGAAUAUAUCACUGAGAACCAUGGGUUACCAAUACAGAGAAACCAAGUUUCUACCAACCCUACUAGUGAAAAGGUGCCUAGGCCGCACAGUGCAGACUUUUUGGAAUUUGAGCGAACCCAUUCCAUGUUACCCAACCAGGCCCCGAAUGAGACGAGGCGGGCUAAGCAACCGGCUCGACCAAAGUCCAGCAUUGGUGAAAUCCGUAAAUCAGAUGAUUUCUGGUCAGAAGAGGUUUAUGCGCAAAAAAUGCGAGAAAGUGCAUUUGUUUACGAUCCUUCUAGUUCAAGAUCCCAGAGCCGGGCAGGUUUAAAGACUCCUAUGACAAGAUCUAGUACCACGCCUGGGUUCCAGGACCAGCACAUUCCAGAAAUGAAUUUGAGUGACAUGAGUAAUGAAGAUAAUUUUCAUCCACUUCAACUUUCUCCAGCUCGGAAUUUGGUACAGGAACACAGUCCACAAUAUGCUCCUCAACUCCCGCCACCUGCCAACUAUCAAGACAACAGUCCACGAGAUCAUAAUCAUAAAUUAUCACCAAGGCACCCUAACUACAACUACCAUCAAAAUGGCUCACCUGCAAAUCAGUCCUUUGCUAGCUCAAAAUCACCAGUUUUCAGACAAAAUACCUCUUUCCAUGAGGAUCAGUUGCUCAACCACUCUCACAAUCAUCUGCAACAGCAAUACCAUCAACAAAUGCUCAACUACAGCCAACUAAAUCAAUCCUCAAGCAGCGGCUCAAAUAGAAGUUAUAUAAUGCAACCGGGUUAUGCUCAGAAUCAGCAAGUUUAUUUAAGCAAAACCUCACAUUUAUCCCAUCCCAUUCAUUCAACCCAGCCCACUCAGGCAUCUCAUCCCAUUCAUAUAAUCCAGCCCAUUCAUUCCAACCACACGGCCCAACCUAUCCCAGGGCAUCAGUAUUCACAGACUAAUGAAGAAACUCCCCAGUAUCCAUACAACCCAAAGUCAUCUUCCAAGCCUCAAAACAUCAAUUUGUCAUUCCAAGAUGGAAGCGGCGUUAUGAAAAGAAAUGAAACUGGGGACAUGAGCUACAUAGACAAUGAGCCAAGGAUUACAAUGCCGCCUUCUAUUCCUCAACCCACCCCUAGAAAAUCCUCCAACCAUACCCCAACCAUGUACCAAAACAUUCCAACCAACUCAAAAUCUCACUCUGAUCCAAGACCCCUUUCCUCCACUCGUCUUGAGACAGCUACCCCUAACAGAUUUUCUGAGAGAUUUGACAGUGACAGAAGUCAAGAUUCAAAUAGUGACUUUCGUCGGUCUGCCAGUGCCCGACUACCGAAGCAAAAGACGCGUGUUGGAGAGUUUUCUAAUGGGUUGAUGUUGGAUGAAUCUGAUGACAGCAAGAGAACCUCAGAUCAGAGGGAGGAGUCAAUGAAGAGAUUGUUGGAGUGGAAACAAAGGAUGUUGCAGUCCCCUCUCACCAGGAAGUCCUCAAGAAAUACUUCAAGGACACAGACUCCGACUAAUUCGGACUCUCCUGUCCCCUCCCUGCCUACUGAUGAUAUCCGGAAGCGUGUUAUUGAAGAGCUAGCCCUGCAAGAUAACACUGCUACUAAUCAGGACGCUGGGAAGGAUCGCCGUAUCUCAAGAAAGAGUUCCUCUGGAUCGCGAGGAUCACGAUCAAGAUCGUCUCCAAGGAUCGCUCCAAGCAAGAAUUCUCUUCUAUCCUCCGAUGACGAAGACCACGUAGUAGAGAGUUCCCGGUCAAGAAAGCGGUCAAAGUCCCAACAGUCCCGGUCAAGAAACUCAAGCAAGGACUCUCGCAAGUCCAAGUCCAAGUCAAAUGAGUCGUAUGAGUCUCAGCCUGAGUACAUCAAUAUAGAAAGUCUGAAAUCUGGAUCAAAAAGUUUAGUCCAAAGCAAAAACAGAUCACAAAGCGCUAAUGGAACAAACUCUGAUUGGUCCGGAUCAACUAAAAACAAUUUUGAUUGCUCCCAACAAACUUCCUCCAACAACUCUGAUUGGAUAGAAACAAAAGCUGAUCAUGAGAUUCAACCAAACCAUAGUUCUGAUUGGUCAACACAAAAUUUGAAUAAAUUUGAUCAUAGUAGAAAUAAUUCUAACCUUCAGGAUUAUCCUAACUCUAUACAUUCUAUUAAGAAUAGUGAAGAUUGGUCCCCCCGACCCAAACUGACCAAUGCUAUAGGUCCUGAUGAUUGGUAUAGGGAUGAUUUUGAUUUCAACAAAAGUCAUCCUUUUAUGGACGACCCUGUCCUUCUGAAGCAGUAUGCUCAGAUUUUAGACCUGAAAUACCGAGAAUCCUCGAAAGAGAAAUUAGAAGAAAUCUUGCAAAACCCUCAACUUUUACAACCUGCUGAGUUUAAGAUGAAUAUGUAUGAGAGAGAUGGUUUAGAAGAAAAAGAUAGUAAAAGGAAUCCAGAUCAAGGAUUUAGGUAUCCAGACAGUGGUUAUGACACACUUCAGAUGAGUUUAGAUGCAGAAAGACAGAAUGUGUGUGUUGAUAUUCAAACUGAGGAGCCUGUGGUUUUGAGGCGGGAGGGAAAAAGAAGAGAGGAGAGGAAAGUUCAAACGUGGCAUUCCAGAAACUUUUCAGAAUUUCAGCUCAUGGAAAAAGAGGAGUCUACUGUACUACUCACAAUCCAGGGACAUAACUCAAUAGAAGGGGCCAACAAGCGGAGCCCUAGAGAAGACAAGGUUGCCUGGUCUCCUGGAAAAGUCUAUCAGGAGAUUAGAAAAGAGAAAGAGGCCCCUCCUAAGAACGUUGUGAAGGAAAGAUUGAGAAGUUUUGAAGCAACCCAUGAAAAUCCACAGGCAGAGCUGCAACAACCUGUCAAAGAAGUUAGAAAUUUCAGGCCUCGCUCUAAAUCUGUAAAUUAUAGCUCAGAUGACAGUGAUUAUGAACACAUAGAUGAGAGGAAGUUAGAAAAGAAAAAGUCAGUGAAAGACCUUCUUUCAGAUUUUGAGAGAAAGAGCAAGGAGUUACAGGAGAAAGAGGAAAGUUACAGAGGAAUUGGGAGCUACCUCCUUCAAGAUUCCAAGGAGCCAGAUAAAAGAAGAGUGUUUUCUGACACAGAAACCCUAAUGUAUGAAACAUCAAGUGAUGAUGAAAAUUUUGAUGACAAGAAAAAAUCUCAUGGGAAGCAUAAACCUUCAGUUCAUGUUGAUGAAAGUUUUGAUAAAACAAAGAAGAAAGAAAAUGAGAUUAUAUCUUCCCCUCCCCCUCUACCACCCAAGAACCUACCCCCCACCAUGCAAGAAAACUCUCCAUUCCAGCCUUCUUUAUCCAAGGAGGUAUUUAGGAUACGUCCUAUCAGCGCCCAGGGUCAAGAUCAACCUGGAGAAGAAGUUGUGACACCUACAAUAGGUACCUCAGUAGUAGAGGAUACAUAUCUAGCAAUGACACCUUCCAAGAGCUUGUCAUCUCUGUCAGGAACCAUGGGGCGGAAAUCAAGUUUAACCCUUCUUUCUAGUUCACACAACAGUAGAACUUCUUUAACUUCCAGCCAUGGAUCUUCUCAAUCCAUCACUUCUCAGGGGAUGCCAAGGUUUGGUUCAGAGAAAAACCUUGGUGCCAUGACUCCCACUGAGGCCUUGAUACAGUCUGCAACUGGAUCAGUCAACCAUAGCCGAACCCCUUCUCAGACACUUGUCAUGGAACAUCUUCAACAUGAGGUUUGUCAUUUUGAAGAAGAAACUUAUGUAGAUAUGAAUGAAGAUGGAUCUUUUAUUAGAACUCCACGUUCUAGUGCAAAAGAGCCAAUAUUAGCUAAGCAGUAUAAAAAGGAAAAUCUAGAUACAACUUUGACUGGAGAUUCUCCAGAAAGCCCACGAUAUUGUGAAAUUGAAGAUCCAAAUGAAAAUGCUCAUUAUGAAUAUUUAUACAAAGCUAGAACUCCUAAUGCACCUCUUUAUAAUGAGGACUUAUACCAAGAAAUAGAAGAUCCUGGAAUUGAAAUAUCAGGAACUGGAACCAUCAGGGAGACCAAGAAGAAAACAAAUAAGAAGAAGGAACCUGAACCUUUGAGACCUAUCGAAGGGCUUCCAGACAUUCUUGGUAAUGCGCCAACUAACAAAGGAAACAGUUCAUCCGAUGCAGAUGAUGAGUCAUCAAAAGAUUUUGACAUUGAAUUAAAGGUUCAGCAGAUGAUUACGCUUGACGAUUCCUUCCGACCUGCAUCAUUUUACUUGAGCCACUCAAAAUCCACCACUAAUGAAAAUGAGGGUGAUUCUUCAGAUUCUGAUUUAGUUUCUCCGCCUCCAGUUCCCUCAAGUCCUCCUCCAAUGGAAGAAGUACUGGGAUAUCACAGCUCAAGCAACUUGGAUCAAAUUAGUCUGAACAACAUUCUUCUUUCAGCUAAAUCAUCAUACUCUGGUAGAAUGAGAAGAGAAUCACAAGAAGAUAAAAAUCGUAGACCAUCUGUGAGUUCUAGAACUUCUCAGGGCUCUCAGGGAUCUCUAAUCAAUGGUUCCCAGCAGAGCCUAAACCGCGAUCUAAGUACAAUGAGCCCUCAUCGCAUGCAUGGAUCUCAUCAAAGUCUUAGCUCUAGAGAACUUCCUCCAAUCCCUGGACAAAGUCUUCUUGGUUCACAACAAAGUUUAGCAAGCAAAGAAAUUCAAUUAAUUGGUUCCCGAGGCGGCACUGUUGAAAAUUUAGAAAUGUAUAGAAACUCCCCCUAUCAUUCCCGUGAAGGUUCUCUGGACAAUGAAAUGUUUCUUUAUCAUCGGUUUACACAAGGUUCCUCUAUAAGUGAUCCAUACAGAAAACAUAGUUCAGAUGAACUAAGCUCUGAUACUGCUCUAUAUGAACAGGAGUACAGAAAAUACCACUUAGAAAAUAUCCAGGAGGUGUCAAACACCCUUGAACGAACUGAUUCUGGGUCCCACAAUACAAGUGUCAUCAGUCAGGAUCUUAAUAUAUCUUACAACAGUGUGUAUGACAGCAGGCUUCAGCAAUCCAAGGUUUAUAAGAUUGAAGACCAUCCUGUGUUAAAGAAAAGAAAAUCAUUGGAUGAGAGGCAAAGUGAAACUGGCACAGACCAAUCUGUAAUUGAGAUGGAUGAGAAUCAGGAAGAAUUAAGUCCACGCUCUAAAAUCCCUUAUUAUGUCUCUGAUAUAAUGGAAGAAGGAGAGAUAAGCAGAGUAGAUUCACCAGGAGAGCGACUUGUUGAUGCUAUCACAAAAUCAAUGAAUGCCCUUGAUGUUGAGUCUAACAGUUACUUUGAGAGCAAAAAUGAUGCUGAAAAUGAGAGAAUUAGAAAACUAAGGAGGUCGUACACUCCAGAUCCAUAUCUCUCAAAACCCAUUCUUAAUGGAACCCCUGUUGAGCAAGAAACUCCUGCCAACAAUGUAAGCAGAUCAAAAUCAUUGGAAGGACUGCUGGGAGAUAGCCAAGGAAGUGCACGGGAUAAUCUUGGAUAUCCAACUCAACCCAAGGUUUAUUCACCACACAACUUCAAUGAUAUAUCCUCACAACCUCGACCUGCUCGAGGUCAUCAGCCUCCUCCACCACCUGUGGAUGUCCCACCUCUGGAUAUUCAGCCUCUGUCCUCUUCAGUUCUGCCUGUAGAGGACAAGGAUAACUCUGUGGAUGAUGAUGCUUGGGCAAACACUUUGAGAAGAGCAAGUUUAAAGCAGCAAAGCACUAAAUCUCCAGUUGACCAAAACAUUACAGCAUGCAGCACCACAUCAGCUGAAAGAAAUAUAUCUAAUGGAUCAAUGCCAAGAAGAUAUGAGGAUCAGUUGAUAUCAGAUGCAGGAUAUAAAUCUCAACAGUAUAGAAAUGAACAAGGAAGGCAGUCUGUCCCAACUGUUAUGAAUGAAACUGUUCAACAAUUUGUUUACCAUAGUAGCACUAAUGGACGCCACUCUGUAACACCUCAGUCAAACUUCAGAGGUUAUACUGAAGAAACAGUUAGGCAAUCACAUUCCAUGGUUAGAGAACACCGUGGUAAGCUCCCACCUCCAACAGCCCCAAAACCAAAGACUCCAGUUCAUUUUGAAUAUCCUGGAUCUGUUCAGGAACCAGUUAAAAGAAAUGCUGUUUACAACCAUGAAGCACAAAGGCAGUCUGUAGUAUCCCCAGUUAACUACUCUCAGGAGUAUCCAGUGACAAAUUCUAGAAAUUUUUUAGAGCACGGCCUCCCCAGUCCUUCAUCUAGCCAGGGGUUGGGGAGGUUGGAGGGGAGUCAAACCCUUCCUGCGAGAAUCAGGUAUUCAGAUAGCUCUGCCCGGAGUUCCCUGGACCCAGAGGAGUCUCCGAGAACAAGUAAGAGUGGAUUACAAGAUCCUGCAGCUCCAGUACCACCCUCACCUAGAGACUCUUUGCACUCUCAAUCCUUACCAAGAACACCGGAGAAAAUUCAUCAAUCCUUCCCUCAACAUGGAAAUCUUUUUACCCCUCCCCGGGGAUAUCCAUCUCAAGAAUAUUUAAGAUAUCAGGAUCAGCUUCAAGACUCACAGGAGCACUUAUCUUUAAGUAGAAACUCAAAGACAAGUUUGCAAGGACAUCAAAGCAUAACAGAUGUCCCUGCAGCCCCUGGAAGGACAAGGAGAAGGAGUCUCAGCUCUAGCAGGAAGUCUCCUGAUCUCGAUACUUUGAAAAAGAAGCUGGGGGGUAGUUUGAGUAAUAUGACCGCUGGUGACCUCCUUGGGAAAACUCAAGAAGAACUGGUUCUGCUUCUUAUUCAACUCAGGAGACAAGCCGCUGCUCUUCAAGAAACAGUUGAUGCUUGCAAGGCUGAGCUGGAUAAUACAAGGAAUACAGGAGAACAGGGUGGAGACGACCUUCGCCAGCAUACCUGGGAACUUGAAGAACAGCUUGCCCGCCUGCUGCCGGUCAUUGGGCUGGUGGAUAACAUGGUCAAACUGGGCACUCUCUACAGAGGGAACAACAACAACAAGACCAGUGUUAGUAACAUCAACAAGAACAGUGUUAGUAACAUCAACAAAACCCAGGAGUUUCUGGAAUCUAGGGCUGAGAGAGCUCAGGCUCCGAGAUAUCCUGACCCUACCAGCUCUACUCGGUACCCUGAGAAGGUUUCAUCCUACCAAGAGCCAAGGAAGGAGCUAGAUCCUCGCUAUAAUCAGCAAAGGAUGGAUCAGGUUCCACUGAGACCUGAUAUUGAUCCGAACAGACGAGUUGGAAACCUUGAGAUAGAACUAGAACAUGUUCAAGCUCAACUUGGAGAUAGCUUAAAGCGACUGGAAGCCAAUGGCAAUGAACUUGCGCAUUUCGAGCGAGAUAUUUUCAACCUUCGGCAGCAUCUUCAAGCCUCAGUGGAGAGGAAUAGAGGUCGAGGUGCGGCUUCAAGAGAAACCCUGGAGGUGGAAGGACACCUGAGAACAAUACAAGCCAGGGCUAUGGAGCUUGAGAGAAAAAGAGGAGAUAUUAUCAAAAAUAUAAAUCAUCUUAAAGGAAAAGAGAAUUAUCUUUCGUCUGAGAUCCGACCCUCUCCUACAGGCGUAGCUGGAGCCGAACCUGUUCCUUCUAAAAAACGUGGAUUUGACACGUGGCUUGAAACUGAUAUUGACAAUAAUAAAACUAGGGACAGGGGGCCUGAUACAGAACUUCAGUUGGUUCAAGAGAAAAAGGCGAACCAGAAGAAUAACAACCCUGCCCAGCCUGUCUACAUAAAUACAUGGGAGGAGGAACAACAUAAUUAUGAAAACUAUCAUAUUGCGGCAGAGCGCAAUCCUUACGAAGACGACGUUCAAACAGUUCACAGUGAAGGAGUUAGGAGUGAGUAUGAUCCUCCUCCUCUACCUGACCGACCUGGCCAGGAUGAGGUCAUCCUCGGCCUCGGAGAGCUGAGCGAGGCUGACGAGAGAGUCCAGAGGUUCUAUGGUAUUAUCCCCAAGGAGAAGCCUAUUGAGAUCAAGACAGUGCGCAUGGUAAAGCGUGAUAACAAGGAGAGGUUGAGUAAAGGACGGAGAGGAGAUGAUGAUUCCGAAUCCAUUGAACUGAGUCUAGAUGAAGAGGAACCCCCGCCUCCUCUACCCAGAGGAAACUACCAGAACCAGCACAGUUUCCUGAGCAACCAGCCCAACUCUAUCUUCUGCUCUGAGGCGGAGCAGGCGGAGUACGACAGUGGAGUCAAGCCUCAGUUUAAACUCGGAGAGUAUUACCGGAGGCAGGAAUCUGUUUCUCGUCCCGGAAGUUCGUUAUCGGCACACGAACGGUUGUUCGGCACAAAUCGUGACGAAUCUAUUUCGCCCGAGAUGUCCCCAGCCAAGUCAAGUCUAGCAAGCACAGAUAGCGCGCAGUCAGCCCUCAUGUCACCGGUGUUUAAAUCCGCUGCUGCGCGCGCAAUCAUAGAAGAAGAGCGCAAAACUCCGAUGAUAAUCCCGAAGGCAAAAAAGAAAAACAAAAAACGCCAUUUAACAAUCACCAGCAGCCAUCCGGCAGCUGUUUUAGAGGCCAUUAGUCGGCACGAGGCCGACCAACGAACUGCGAGGUCACGUGACGAUCUUGAUAUUGAACGGAUGUUGAAGCCACGUGAUGCACCGGAUAUUGUUCGGUCAACCUACGGUCAGGAGAAUGACUUACGGGAGGAUAAUAUUGAUAAUCUGUUCGGAGCUCCAAACAAGAUUAAAAUACCAGAGAGAUAUGUACCUGAAAGGGAAAAUAAUGAACCUACAGCUGAAGAGAGAAGAACAAGAUUAAAGAAAGCUGAUUCUAUUAGACGAAUGUUGGUUGAUACAACCUCCUCUAAUCCAAUACAAAAACGUAGGUUUAAAGUCCACUCUUGA